CAUUUGUCAAAAACCAUCCACACCGACAAUAAAAUUCGGCACCAGUAGUUGUUAGAGAUUUAGACACAAAGUUGCCUUAAGGGUUUAUUCAUCAAUCACCGGCAAAGUCAUUUUUUUUUUACUUGCCGAAAAAAAAAGUCAAAUCACCGGCACGCUCCUUAAAGUGACUCCACUGUCAUCUACCAUCCGGUAAGGAAAUCAAAGUCUAUAAAUAGCAAUACCUCUUGGGGUUUCUAUAUAUGUACUUGUUUUCAGCUCUCACUCGUCCAGGUAUCUACACUACACAACAGCUUCCACUUUAUUCCCAUAUUUGCCCCUCUCUCUCUCUCUCUCUCUCUCUCUCUCUACAUGUACAUAGCUGAUUUCAAACUUGAUUCCAAAAUUUUAAGCCCAACCCAUAACUGAUUUCAAACUUGAUUUUAAGUCUCAUCCGAGACCAACGACAUUGAUCCAAACUAUUCAUUUCGCCAAUGUGGCAAAUUAAAAGUAGUACUAGAAUUUUGUAUAAUCAACUUGAUUAGACAUCGAUGCAUAAUUGUGUUCUGGUUCUGUAUAAUAUUAAUGGCCAAUAUAAUUUAGACUUAAGUCAUCACUUUCAUUAGAUAAAAUGCAUGUAUGAUAAAUGAAGUCAACAUUAUGUAUAUACCUCAAUUUGCAGAUUUUCACCACUCCAAAUAUUUUCGUGAAGAAAAUUGAACAACGGCAACGUAUAUAUAAACCACUUCAUCUCUUCCCAAACCUAGAAACUUGUAAUAUUACUUAUAAAGUGUACAUUUGUUAUUAUGUGGAAAUGCAUGUGGUUCGGACCCUGCUAACAUAAAUUGUGCGUCCACCACUGAUCCGACUGAUAUAUCCAUGUAAAUGGUCGCGUUUAAUUUUGUUCAUGCAAGUACUUCAGCUACCAAGAGAAAGGGGGAGAGCCAUUGAAUUGAGUUCGAAAAAGAAUACAUGUGGAAGCUAAAGGUUGCAGAAGGCCAAGGGCAAUGGUUGUAUAGCACCAACAACUUUGUUGGUAGACAAAUUUGGGAGUUCGAUCCUGAUGCUGGGACACCAGAGGAGAGAGAAGCAGUUGAAAAAGCUCGAGAUGACUACCAGAAAAAUAAAUUUCGAGUUCGUCCCGGCGGCGAUGUUCUCAUGCGAUUGCAGCUCAUUGUCCUAUACAUUAGCGGAGCAAUCAACACCGUCUUAACAGCAGAGCACAAGAAGGAGAUGAUUCGGUACCUUUACAAUCACCAGAAUGAUGAUGGAGGAUGGGGAUUCUACGUAGGAGGUCAUAGUACUAUGAUUGGCUCGGCACUUAGCUACAUUGCGUUGCGUUUGUUAGGAAAAGGGCCUUAUGAUGGAGAAAACAUGGAAAUGGAAAGGGCUCGGAAAUGGAUACUUGAUCAUGGUGGAGCAACUGCGAUACCAUCGUGGGGCAAAACCUAUCUUUCGGUUCUUGGAGUGUACGAAUGGUCAGGAUGCAACCCAUUAACCCCUGAGUUUUGGCUUUUCCCUUCGUUUUUCCCCUACCAUCCAGGGAAAAUGUGGUGUUAUACUCGCACAACUUACAUGCCAAUGUCGUAUUUAUAUGGGAGAAAGUCCGUGGGACCGAUCACUGAACUUGUCAAAUCAUUGAGACAAGAAAUUCACACACAACCAUAUGAGGAGAUAGACUGGAAUAAAGCACGCCAUAGUUGUUGUAAGGAGGAUGUGUAUUAUCCUCACACAUACAUCCAAGAUUUGCUUUGGGAUGGUCUUCAUUAUGUGAGCGAGCCAAUCAUAAACCGGUGGCCGUUUUCCAAGAUUAGAGAGAAAGCUCUUCGAAAAGCAAUCAAGCACAUGCGGCAUGGAGCAGAAAGUAGCAGAUACAUUACUAUAGGAUGCGUAGAAAAGAGUUUACAAAUGAUGUCUUGGUGGGCAGAGGACCCUAAUGGUGAUGAGUUCAAGUAUCACCUUGCCAGAGUUCCUGAUUACUUGUGGCUUGCAGAAGAUGGAAUGAAAAUGCAGAGUUUUGGUAGUCAGUUAUGGGAUUGUGCUCUUAUGACUCAAGCUAUUAUGGCAAGUAAUCUUAUUGAUGAAUACGGAGAUACUCUUAAAAGGGCGCAUUUUUUCAUAAAAGAAUCACAGAUCAAAGAAAACCCUGCUGGGGAUUUCAAGAAAAUGUACCGUCACUUUAGUAAAGGGGCAUGGACUUUCUCCGAUCAAGAUCAAGGUUGGGCUGUCUCAGACUGCACAUCUGAAGCAAUGAAGUGUCUAUUACUACUUUCGCAAAUGCCACUAGAUGUUGCAGGAGAAAAAGUGGAUGUUGAGCGGCUAUACGAGGCGGUGGACAUCCUCUUGUACUUACAUAGUCCUGAAAGUGGUGGUUUUGCUCUUUGGGAACCAGCAGUUCCACAGCCAUAUUUUGAAAUGUUGAAUCCUUCCGAACUUUUUGCAGACAUUGUGCUAGAGAAAGAGCACGUCGAGAACACUGCAUCCGUAAUUGAAGGUUUACUAUUGUUCAAACGCGUAUACCCAAUGUAUCGAGCAAAGGAAAUAGAUACUUCUGUGGAAAGAGCAGUGUGUUUCCUCGAAAAGAGACAGCAGCCCGACGGUUCUUGGUAUGGCUUCUGGGGAGUUUGCUUCAUCUAUGGUACAUAUUUCGCGCUAGGAGGGUUGACUAUGGCUGGGAGUACGUACAAAAAUAGCCAAUCAGUUCGUAGAGGUGUUCAGUUUUUGCUUUCCAAACAAAAUGAGGAAGGUGGCUGGGGAGAGAGCCAUGAAUCAUGCCCAUCUAUGAAAUACAUACCGCUGGAAGGAAAUCGAACGCAUUUUGUACAGACAUCAUGGGCUAUGUUGGGUCUCAUUUAUGCUGGACAGGCUGACAGAGAUCCUACCCCAUUGCAUAAAGCAGCCAAAUUGCUAAUUAAUGCACAAAUGGAAGACGGCGAUUUUCCGCAACAGGAAUUAACAGGAGCCUUUAUGAAGAAUUGCAUGCAAAAUUAUACCCUAUACAGAAAUAUGUUUCCCACAUGGGCACUGGGAGAGUAUCGCAAACACUUAUGUUCUUCUUCCCCGAAAACAUAACCUCGAAGGCAGUAUACGCAGUGCGUCUGUACGUUUGAAACAAGAUAGCCAGUAGAGCGAGUACGUCGACAAGGGGUCAAAUACCAUGUGAAUGAUCUGAGUUGAAUGUACCUAUGAUCUUCCUUCUUGUGUUUUUGAAGGUGUAGUUAACAGAGUAAUGCAGAAUUAAUAACGUUUAUAAAGCAUGUGUUUCAAGGUGUAUUUUUUGUCAAAUGUACCUAUGAUCUUCCUUCUUGUGUUUUUGAAGGUGUGUUUAACAGAGCAAUGCUGAAUAAAUAAAGUUUAUAAAGCAUGUGUUUCAAGGUG